AUGAUCAACAAGAUUGCAUUUAACAAAAAAUCCAUCGGAAGAAACUGCUCCAUUUAUAAAGAUAAAUCAUCGAUGAAUUGCAUAAGACCAUGUAGCAACCAUUAAAGAAAAGUAAUCCGGAAACUGCCGCAGAACACUAUGGACAAUUGUGGUGGAUCUCAAUUGCACUGCAAAUGUUCGCCGAUGGUAGAACUGCUUAAUGGCAUCAUGGCCAGGCGUGGUAAAUUGGUUAAAUACACUAUGCUCUCCGCGGCGGGCCUAAUUCCAUCUAAGGUCCACACGUGUAGUGCCAUAUGUGGGGAUCUCGAAACUUACGGAUGCGGGUUGACAGUGGACGAAGCAAUUGAAAAUGCGGCUAAUAAAUUUUUGGAGAAGCUUUCCUCUGUAGCUCAUGUACAURCCUCUGUGCAAAAUGAUGACCAUUUAGUAAAUUCAUUGAAUUCAUUAAGGCUAGAGAGUAAAGUUAAUGYGAUAUCUAAUAACUACGUUGGUACACUGCAAGAGUAUUGUCAAGCUUAUCAUUUGGAUAUGCCAAAAUAUGAAUACUAUCAAGAUAAUGACAUUAAAAAUAAAAGGAGAUUGUAUUACGUUAUAUGUUCCUUUGGGCCUCAUAAAUUUACAGGUGUAGGGUUAUCCAAGCAAAUUGCAAAAAAAUAUGCCGCUCGUUUGAUGUAUAACCAAAUUAAUUCAAAUUAUGCUGCGACCAAUAAUACUUCAACGUCGAAUUCUAUAAAAAAUAAAUUGAUAGAUUUCGGUGAAGGUUUGUCGAGAAAUGAAGCUAAAAACAACUCUAUGGACUUAAAUUUGAACCAGAUAUACCUCGGAACAAAAAAAGUUGAAACGUUUAUCAAUUAUAUUGGUAAACUCCAAGAGAUAUGCAUAGCUCGUGGUUGGGGAUUACCAAAAUAUGAUUUUCACCGAGAAAAUAUUAAUGAAAUCAGUAUAAUAUAUUAUUCCGUCAUAUGUUCCGUAGAGUCCUACAAAUCUAAGGGUAUCGGUAAUUCCAAGAAAGUCGCAAAAAAUAAAGCUGCUCAAUUGGUGUAUGCCCAAAUUGAUUUGGAUCCACAGAAAAUCUCUAUAAUUCAUAGCGAUUUCAAACAGGAUAAAUCUUAUCAGUUAGGCAUGCGAAAUCUGAGAUAUGUCGAUCCGUGUGAAUAUAUUCAACAAGUGAAAUUAUUGUGUAACCAAUUAUCAUUAUCUAAAAAAGAAUGUAUGCAAAGACUAAAAAGAUGCUAUUCCUUGGGUUACAUUGAUAUUGAUAUGAGUUUAUUUGAAUUUUUGAAAAAACUUGCACACCAAGAAGACCUAAGUAUCACAUAUGAACGAUUUUCUAAUAAUGAUAAUGACACACAAGURUAUGGAAUAAUUUAUAUCCAAUCAUCAACUAAAUAUGGCAUGACGAAUAUAGGUAAUGGAAAAACAGAUGCAGAGGCAAAAAAUGUGAGUGCCAAAAGCAUAUUAGCUUUCAUCAAAAACACUAUAUCAAUGAUAUGA